AUGUCAAUGACUUACCCGCCAAGAAAACAAAAACCGCCAAACCGAGGCGACGAGUAUGACGAACUAGGCGGGUGGCUAGAGGAGGAGGUUCCAGCCCCAGGUGCACAUGUGAAUCGCUACGAUCUGGUUCAUUUCGACAUCGACCCACAAAACGUCUUCGUUUUUGACACUGACGCGGACCAUCGAAAAUUGCCCGUGUUCAAAAUAGCAGACUUCGGUCUAGCAGAAACACCAAGUGAGACCCGGAAAACUAGUGUUGGUCGAAGCCCUCCGUAUACUGUUCCCGAGAGAUUCUCAAUGUGGCAAAGCCGGGGCAUCGGCAAAAACGGGUUUCAUUUACCGGAGCAAUUCACAUCAGACUGGGAUAAAGUGAGGGACCAGGAAGAUCCAUUCUCCCAGGACCAGGGUCUGAUACCCCCGGGCCCUAUAAGCAGCCUCGGUGACCUCAACAGUGUGGCUGCCAAUUAUGGUCAAUGGUCAAACGUGUGGCAGAUCGGAAUGGUCAUGUGGUGCUGCAUCACAUGCAGGCACCCUAUUCAACCCCCGAUGGCAAUGCAGGAGCCAGCGAUCCAGAAUGUUUGGACUUACGGGGACAAAAUCAUGAACAACACGUAUGUGGCGCUCUACGGGCAACAGUUGUGCGAGCUGGUGGCCUCGUGUCUGGCAGCCAAACCCAUCGACCGGCCGUCACUUCAACAGCUCCGAGACACAUUGAAUAACUUGCUACCACCUGAGCCGUACGGUUAUGAUAAAGUUGAUGAUAAGAAUUGGCUCGAGAGAUUUCUCCGUCAUCCCUCAACUCCGAGCGCAAGACCGUUGGCCAGGGCAUUUGGCUGA